AUGGAAAACAAACUUAAAAAGUACGAAAAGAUCGAAUUCUUGGGAGAAGGACAAUUCGCCACAGUCUACAAAGCCCGAGAUGUAGACACCGACAAUAUCGUCGCCGUUAAGAAAAUUAAACUAGGCAGCAGACAAGAAGCCCAAGACGGUAUUAACCGGACAGCACUUAGAGAAAUUAAAUUGUUGCAAGAACUCCACCAUGAUAAUAUAAUAGGGUUGUUAGAUGUAUUUGGACACAUGUCCAAUGUGUCUUUAGUUUUUGAUUUUAUGGAUACAGAUCUGGAAGUUAUCAUUAAGGAUAAUAGUAUAAUUCUUACAACGGCAAAUAUUAAAUCGUACAUACUUCAAACGCUGCAAGGUUUAGAAUAUUUGCAUUUAAAUUGGGUGCUGCACAGAGAUUUGAAGCCCAAUAAUUUACUAGUAAAUUCCAACGGGGUUUUAAAGGUAGGCGAUUUUGGUUUAGCUAAAUUAUAUGGUUCUCCUAACAGAGUAAACACCCACCAAGUGGUUACAAGGUGGUAUAGAGCACCAGAAUUGCUUUAUGGUGCUAAACAGUACAGUACAUGUAUUGAUAUGUGGGCUGUUGGGUGUAUAUUAGCAGAAUUAUUGUUAAGGCUGCCUAUUUUUCCAGGAGAGUCUGAUUUAGAUCAACUUACAAAGAUUUUUGGAGUUUUUGGUAAUCCAACAGAGGAAACCUGGCCUGGUCUGAAGAGCUUAUCUGACUAUAUCGAGUUCAAACCAUUCACGCCGAUCCCUCUUAAGAAUAUUUUUACCGCUGCAGGUGAUGAUUUACUAGAUUUAAUUGAAGCUUUGCUGGUAAUGAAUCCGAUAAAAAGGAAAAAUUGUACUGCUUGCCUUCAAAUGCCAUUUUUUUCCAACAAGCCAGCACCUACAGUGGGCGACAAACUACCCUUACCUCACAGUUUAAGGACAAUGAGAGAUUUAGAUAAACCAUCAUUGAAAAGGAAGCUACUGGAUACAGCUGAAGGAGGCACCUUAUCUAAACGGUUAUUUUUUUAA